AGGCGAUCACGGGCCAAACGACAUUGCCCGGCAAUUGCGUGUCCGUGGAAGAAAGUUAUAAUAUGUGGGUGACCAGACUUGCAGAUAACUGUACUCCGUAUAUCUUUGCCGAAGAAAACUGCACUGGUGUUUCUAGAGGCUUUGAGAAGAUAGCUACUCCCACAUGUAUUGUUGCAGCAGGAGGAGGCCGAUUGAGUGGGCAGUCGGGGGACUUUUACAGGAGCUUUCGGAUAUCGUGUACCUAGAGAUCGGCCGAGUGAAGCUGCAAGACAUAAGUAAGGGAAGUGGGAAGUAGUUGCC